AUGAUAGCUUUCAUGACCAUCGCCUUACUUGUUUCCCUGUUCUUGUGCAACUCAAAUUGCAUUCAGAAAGCCAUUGAGAUAUGCAGGGAAUGUUUGAUUUUGCUAAAUAGCACCGAUCAAAACAGCAAAGACAUCUUUAUAGUUGUUUUCAGCAAGAUGCUGUUUAUCUUAUACACAAAGUCUGGAAUUAUGCUUAAAACACUUGGCGAAAACCUAAAGGCGAAGGAAUAUUUUGAGAGGGCCCUUGCUAUAGCUACCGAAAUUGGCGACAGAAGAGGAGAAGCAUCAUCUUAUGGAAACCUAGGUACUGUGUUUUUGUCGCUCGGACAAUACGCCAAGGCUAGAGAGUAUCUCAUCAAACUGAAAUUGGCAGAGAAGGAGAGGCUUACGGUAACCUUGGUCAUCAGAACUGAUCAGAACUGAAAUUGGUGACAGAGAAGGAGAGGCAACUGACUACGGAAAUCUUGGUAAUUUGUUUGAGUCGCUCGGGCAAUACAAUAAAGCUGAAGAGUAUCUCCAAAGAGCGCUUGUCAUCAGAACUGAAAUUGGCGACAGAAAAGGGAAAGCAUCAUGUUAUGGAAACCUAGGUACUGUGUUUCAGUCGCUCGGACAAUACACCAAGGCUAGAGAGUAUCUCCAAAAGGCGCUUGUCAUCAGAACUGAAAUUGGUGACAGAGAAGGAGAGGCAAGUGACUACGGAAAUCUUGGUAACUUGUUUCAGUCGCUCGGGCAAUACAAUAAAGCUGAAGAGUAUCUCCAAAGAGCGCUUGUCAUCAAAACUGAAAUUGGCGACAGAAAUGGGAAAGGAGCAUGUUAUGGAAGCCUAGGUACUGUGUUUCAGUCGCUCGGACAAUACGCCAAGGCUAGAGAGUAUCUCCAAAAGGCGCUUGUCAUCAGAACUGAAAUUGGUGACAGAAAAGGAGAGGCAACUGACUACAGUAACCUUGGUAUUGUGUUUAUGUCGCUCGGCCAAUACGACAAGGCUCAAGAGUAUCUCCAAAAGGCGCUUGUCAUCAGAACUGAAAUUGGUGACAGAAAAGGAGAGGCAACUGACUACGGAAAUCUUGGUUAUUUGUUUCAGUCGCUCGGGCAAUACGACAAAGCUGAAGAGUAUCUCCAAAGAGCGCUUGUCAUCAGAACUGAAAUUGGCGACAGAAAAGGGAAAGCAUCAUGUUAUGGAAACCUAGGUACUGUGUUUCAGUCGCUCGGACAAUACACCAAGGCUAGAGAGUAUCUCCAAAAGGCGCUUGUCAUCAGAACUGAAAUUGGUGACAGAGAAGGAGAGGCAAGUGACUACGGAAAUCUUGGUAAUUUGUUUCAGUCGCUCGGGCAAUACGACAAAGCUGAAGAGUAUCUCCAAAGAGCGCUUGUCAUCAAAACUGAAAUUGGCGACAGAAAUGGGAAAGCAUCAUGUUAUGGAAACCUAGGUACUGUGUUUCAGUCGCUUGGACAAUACGCCAAGGCUAGAGAGUAUUUCCAAAAGGCGCUUGUCAUCAGAACUGAAAUUGGUGACAGAAAAGGAGAGGCAACUGACUACAGUAACCUUGGUACUGUGUUUAUGUCGCUCGGCCAAUACGACAAGGGUAAAGAGUAUCUCCAAAAGGCGCUUGUCAUCAAAACUGAAAUUGGCGACAGAAAAGGGAAAGCAACAUGCUAUGGAAACCUAAGUGCUGUGUUUCACUUCCUCGGAGAAUACGCCAAGGCUAGAGAGUAUCUCCAAAAGGCGCUUGUCAUCAGAACUGAAAUUGGCGACAGAAAAGGGAAAGCAUCAUGUUAUGGAAACCUAGGUAAUAUGUUUCAGUCGCUCGGGCAAUACGACAAGGCUAAAGAGUAUCUCCAAAAGCACUCGUCAUCAGAACUGAAAUUGGUGAUAAAGAAGGGAAAGUAAAAGAUCUUGCAAACUUUGGAUGUGUGUGUGGAGCUAUAGGAGAUUAUGAAGCCUCAGAAGUAUGCUUAGAGAAAGCUUUAUCGAUGUCCAGAGAUAUUGGAGAUAGAAGAGGAGAGUUCGAAAUCCUUCGACAUUACGCCAUUUUGUAUUUGUCGCAAGAUAAAAAAGAAGAAUCCCGUUCGUGUCUUUAUCUCUGCAUUGAAAAGUAUGAGGAGCUGAGAUAUUUCUUAGGCGCCAAUGAUCAGUUCAAAACAUCAUUUCUGGAGCACUCAGGAAUAUUUCCCUACAAGCUGCUUUGUAGUUUGCUUUGUGACACCGGAAAUGCUCGGGAUGCUCUUUAUGUUGAGGAGUUGGGUCGAGCUAGAGGCCUAUCAGACUUAAUGGUAGAGAAGUACUCGGUUGGAACGCACAUCUCUGCUAAUCCGCAAUCUUGGUUUGGCGUUGAGAACAUUUUUAAAAAGAAAAAUAACUGUAGUUGUCUGUACAUUUCGUAUUUUGACAGUGAUCUGCGUUUGUGGAUCUUAAAGAAAAGUGGAGUCGUUCACUAUAGAAGAAUAUCAGUAGAAGAGAAUCUAGUUCAGGCUGGGUUGCCCAAAGAUUUGCGUUUGAGUCAAUUUUUGGAUGGUAAUUUCCGGAGUCUUGGUAUUUUGCCCACUAAAGAUUGUGAAGAUCGGUCUUUAAAUAUGGUUAAAUUGCAACCUCUCUCCCCCCACACAGAAGAGCUCAGCAAGAUUGCGACUCGUCGAGGAGGACGAGGACGAGGAUGA